UUGUGUGGGUUAACAUACUCUGAUUCAGAUUCUGAUUCCUCGACCAUCAGUUCCAGCGCCUGUCGUGUCGACUGCGCAAAUCGGUAUAGUGUGAACACACCCGAGUGUCAGCCGUGAAUGUGCGGCAGAAGAAUUCCGCUUCCAAGUGCACAGUCAGGAAAGUGUUUGUAUACACCAUUAGCUUCAGCCACACACAAGGUGCUGUUUCUUUACAUAUUUUUUGCCACCUGAGCUGUCAUGCUACUUCACUUCACGUGAGAGGACAGCAUUAAACCACCAAAGCUAUUGAACAUUACAAUCUACAGAAUGAUUGCUCUACAGAAAGAGCACUCUCAAAAUCAAGCAGAAUAUCUGUGCAUCUUCUUCAUGGAAGUACACUCCUAGCUUAAGGUCUUCAUUGGUACUCCAUAGGCUGAGUUUACGAAACAUACACAAUGCCGUGGCCUUUUUCAGAGUCCAUUAAAAAGCGGGCCUGCAGGUACCUGCUGCAUCGGUACUUGGGCAAUUUCCUCCAAGAAAAACUGAGUUUGGACCAGCUGAGUGUAGACCUCUACCAAGGCAAAGGUUCACUUGCACAAGUGCCACUGGACAAAUGGUCACUGAAUGAAAUUUUGGAGUCAGUGGAUGCGCCAUUUGAAGUGACUGAGGGCUUCAUCCAGGCCAUUUCCCUCACUAUACCAUGGGCCUCAUUGCUUCAGGAUAACUGUGCUCUGGAAGUCAAAGGCUUGGAAAUGGUUUUCAGGCCAAGGCCUCGGAUGACAUCUGGUAUGGAGCCUAUGUACUGGUCUAGCUUCAUGACAAGCAGUAUGCAGCUGGCGAAGGAAUGUCUGAGUCAGAGACUAACUGAUGACUUGGGAGAGAGUUUCCAACCUCUGGAGGGUCUAGAGAAGUUCGCUGAGACGAUAGAGACAGUUUUGAGAAGAGUCAAGGUCACAUUUUUGGAUACAGUCCUCAAGAUUGAACAUGUUCCAGAAAAUUCCAAAACAGGAAUUGCCCUUGAAAUCAGAAUCAAAAGGAUGGUUUACUGUGAUGAAGCUGUGGAAGAAGGCUCAAGUGUAAACAUCCAUCAGCCCACCACGUUUGCACACAAAAACCUGACGCUGGAGGGUGCAAAUGUUUUCUGGGAUGAAUUUUCUGAGACCUCCCGUGCCAGUUUCAAAUCAUCUCCCACUCAGUCGGAAACUGAGCCUAAGUUAUCCCCAAGCUGGAAUCCAAAAAUUAUCUGUGAGCCUCACCCACAGUUCACAGAGCCUUUAUGUGCCAGUACACCUUUUGAGCCUGUGCAGGUGGGCUGCCUGAGCGGCAGACUGGAGCUGUCCCUGGUCCUGAAGCAGAAUGAAGCCAUGCCCGGAGCGAAGCUGGACAUUGAAGGGCAGAUUGAUUCACUGAUCAUGCUGCUGUCACCACAGCAAGUCCACCUGCUACUGGAUAUGUUUGGAGUCUUCUCUAGCUCAGCGGGGCAGAAAUGGUCUGGCUUGGCUAAGGACAGAAAGAGUCGUCCUAUGCAGCAGGAAGAUGAGUACCGUCUCCACAUGGAGCUUAACCGCUGCUUAAAAAAGGAGCCAUUGACUGCUGGUACUGAACAGAACUUGUUUGAGAGCCAGACCACCAGGACAGUGUCAAGCAGAGAAGAUGUAUUUUUCUCCAUGGCUGACAUGGACAUGUCACACAGCCUAUCAUCUCUGCCCCCUCUUGGAGACCCACCCACUGUAGACCUGGAUCUGUCUCUUAACAGCAACUACUCCACCUCUUUGGGAGAGUCUCCCUCUGGCACUGCACCUACUGUGUGGGAUGAGUACCUGGAUAUGUCUAAACAAAAGGAGAAACAAAGUCACAAAACGCCGUUGUACUCAAAAGACCAUCACUGCCCACAUAACCUACCCAGACAGACCUCUCAUUCAUCUAAGGGCCACUGUGAUGAGUCCAGGCCUGAGCUGGUUUUCAGGCUGACGGUGGGCAAUCUCUGCCUAUCUGUCCUGCACAUUGAUCCUCUCCCACCCCCAGACUCAACUCUCAGUCCUCUUGCACCAAUGGCCUCUGAAUUUUUCCACAUGAUGGCUGAUGAUCAGCUACAUCUAAGAGGGUUCCUCCAAGCACGAGCUGUUUUUGAUCAGGCCUGCCCACAUGACCACCUCAGGUUUGUAGGUCAGGGGUUAAAGGUGACGUACGAGUAUUGCCAAGGCUCCAGUCUGUGCGCACUCAGCACAGAUCUGUCCCUGAGGUGUAUGGAGUUGCUGGAAUGCCUCUAUCCCACAGAGAAUCACAGAAGCACUGCACAGAGUGGAGUGCAGUACACAGAGCUCUUAACGUUUGAUGUGGCUGCCAGCAGUGAGUCCCCUACCCAAAACUGUCUUCAUUUAUUCUACAAGUUAACAGAACGCAGAGGUCCACAGGGUGGGCAGGUGCGUCUGAGUACCAUGCCCCGUAAAGCAGAGUUUCAGGUGGAGCUGGGUAAGGUUCGUUCAGAGUGUGACAUCAGCAUCGUGGACCGCCUCCACUCCCUGCUUCAGCCCCAGAAACUGGCCACCACUGAAACCAUGGCCUCUCACAUGUACACAUCCUAUAACAAGCAUGUUAGCCUACACAAGGCUUUUGCAGAGGUCUUUCUGGAAGAUAGCCGCAGUCCUGCACACUGUUUGGUGGCAGUGUCUGUGAAUGCUCCUCAUCUUGUGCUAGUGGUACGGUUCCCCAUCCCAGACCUGCGUUCGGACCAGGAAAGGGGUCCUUGGUUUAAAAAAUCCCUGCAAAAGGAAGUGCUACGCUUAGAGCUGGAGGAUUUGGAGCUCAAAACUGAGUUCAGUGGAAACAGUUCACCUGAGCAGACCAAGAUAGAACUUACCUUUAAAGAGCUCAGUGGUACAUUCCAGAAUGACAAAGAUCACUCUGCAUCCAGGUUCUUGCGUGUGUCACAUACUAUGGAGGAGAACAUGACCUCUUCUGACAGUGGCAAAUUUGACUGGCCUAGAGUGGUCCUAAAGGUGAACCCCAUGGUAGUGCGCUCCAUAUUGGAGCGAGUUACGACUGAAGAGGAGGAGGAAGGUGCUGAAGGACAUUCACAGGAGGAAGAGGAAGAGGAGGAAGGAGCUGCCCACUCUUUAAAGGACGUGUGUGAUUUUGGUAAACCUGAACCAUCCCCCUUUUCCUCAAGACGUGUCAUGUAUGAGAAUGAAGAAAUGGUCAUCCCAGGAGAUGUAGUGGAGAUGACAGAAUUCCAGGAGAAAACCAUGAGCAACUCCCGUUAUAUUCUUGAACUGUCUUUCCCCAAUGUGCAAAUAUCAUUACCUAAUAAAACCUUCUAUGAGAAACUACACAACAGGAUUAACAAUGACCUGCUGUUAUGGGAGCCCACAGCCCCAUCACCAGUGGAGACGGUGGAGAACAUGCCCUAUGGGUGCGGUCUCUCUGUAGCCAGCCAGCUAAUCAACACCUACAGCAAAGAUAGCUUCAGUCAGUUCAGAUCUCUUGACCCAGAGGAAGAAGAAAGUGGUUCAGAAGAAGAGACUCUACCAUACUACACUCCAGCUGAGCUGGGCUAUAGGAGCAUGAAGAAGAGGAAGAAUAAGAUGCAGUCGAAGAACUCGCAGAGCCUGUUCUCCAUUUUGCUGUCUGUCAACUACUGUCUUGUAGCAUUGCAUACAGAGGCUAAGCAAUCGGAUAAAAGCGUGCUGAAGAAUAAACAUGGGGAGUUGAUGGAGCUGAAGAAUGGAGUUGUGUUCAGUGUGACACAGUACGAGGGUUAAGACCAGCACUACGUCUGUUUCCAUACCUCGACAAUCUGCCUUUAUCAUCAAGGCACAGUAGAAGGAGAUGUCCCUGUGUGGGAUGUAAAGUUGCCCUGUAGGAUGCGCCCUCACUGGUUGGAGCCUGUGUUGUAUGCGUCUGAGUCUGCUGCAGAAAGAGCGUCUGCUUCAGAAGGACUGAGCGUGGAGCCUCAGAGUAUGCUAUCCCUUGCCCUCAAGAUUUCUUCUCAGAGUGCUGAACGCAAUGUAAAGGAGUUUCUGCUUGCUGUUGGAGUGAGAGCGGCCACAUUUCAGCAUAGAGUUGUGCCCUCUAGUCUGGGUUGGUAUGACCAGAUGGUAGACUUUCUGAAUGUGACAGAUGAACCUGUGCUUGGCUAUAUGCCUCCAUCCUAUCUUACAACCCGACACCUACACCUGUGGAGUUGCUCCCUGGAUUACAGGCCAUUGUAUCUGCCUGUGAGAUCUCUGCUCACAGUGGAGACCUUUAGCAUCUCCAGCAGUGUUUCUUUAGAUCACUCCUCCUCCUGUCUCAGAAUCAUUCUUGAUGAAGCAGCACUGUUUCUGUCCGACAAAAGUAACGCUGUAUCUGUCAACCUGGCCCGAGACUAUGUGCAGGUGGUAGACAUGGGAACUCUGGAGCUCAGGAUCACAGCAGUCAAACCUGGCACAGAUGGAGAGAGAACAGAACCGAGGUUUGAGUUGCGCUGCUCAAGCGAUGUCAUUCACAUUCGGACCUGCUCGGACUCUUGUGCUGCACUUAUGAAUCUCAUCCAGUACAUUGCCAGCUAUGGAGACCUGCUGCCUCCAUCCAGGCUGGAGAGCAAGGGUGGCAGCACCAAACAAAGAUCAAAGAUGGAGUUAUUGAGCAAGCCCCAGUCCCAUGGCCCUCUGCUUCCUGACGCUGAGCAGCAGAUGCUGCAGGAUCUGAUGAGUGAUGCCAUGGAAGAAACUGACUCCUUGCAGAGUCACAUCUUGCAGUCCAAUGGUGUACAUGUGAAUCAAACAAGUGAUCAAGACCCACCACUUUCUGAUCUCUUCCUCUUCCCUGAUGAGAGUGGCACUAUGGGCCAGGAUCCUUGCCAAGCCUACCCCGUACUGCAUUCACCCCUCAUCUCCCCCCCUGGCCCCAGCACACACCAUGACUCGGAUGACUUCUGCAUCCUGGACACUCCAGGCUUAAGAGCAAUAGGAAAGGAUGAAGAGCCAGUGGUAAAAAAGCUGACCACCGAGCCCAUUUUGGUGCUAGACAACCAUUUUAGUGAGCCUCUAGAGGGCAGCACUUCUAGCAGGGGCCCACUGAACUUCCCUGUUCCUGAAGUCAGGUACCUGGUUAAAGAGAUCUCUAUGAUCUGGCACCUUUAUGGAGGAAAGGACUUUGGCAGCGGACUGCUCUCAUCUUCUCCGGCCCGCAGUCGAGGGUGUACUCCUCACAGCUCCCCCUCUCAAACACCAGUAAGACAAGCCCGCAGUGGCUCUCGCUCUGGGGGAGGUUGGGGCAGGAAUCUAGAUGUGUUGAUGGAGAUCCAGCUCAGCAAGGUACGAUUCCAACAUGAAGUCUACCCACUGAUGGGCCCAGAGACAAGUACUCUGACUGAACAGCCAGUAUCCAGACAGGUAUUCUCAGUGCAGGACCUGGAGAUACGAGACAGAUUGGCCUCCUCCAUGAUGAACAAGUUUCUUUAUCUGUACUCCAGCAAAGAGAUGCCCAGGAAGGCCCACUCCAACAUGCUAACAGUCAGAGUGUUGCACAUGCGUCCUGAAGCAGGUCCGGCUCCACAAGAGUGCUGCCUACGUGUUUCCCUUAUGCCACUUCGUCUCAACAUUGACCAGGAUGCGCUGUUCUUUCUGAAGGAUUUCUUUACUAGUUUGGCGACAGAGGUAGAGCUCUUCUCCCCACCAGAACAGGAGGCAUUGUGUGUAUCCAUGAAAAAGCCUUCUGGCCCAGAGGUAACAUGCACAUUUGCUAAAUCCAGUGGUGGAGCAGGUCAGGGCUCUGCACCAAUCAUCUCUCUGCCUACUCAAACUCGUGCCAGUCAGAAUGGUGUCAGAACCUCAAACUACGAGGAUGAGUCUCCCUCCACAUCUUAUACUGACCAGCCUAUUUUCUUUAGAGAGUUCAGGUUCACUUCUGAGGUGCCAAUCCGACUAGAUUAUCAUGGGAAACACAUGGCCAUGGAGCAGGGUACUUUUGCUGGUAUAGUAAUUGGAUUGACCCAGCUAAACUGCUCCGAGCUCAAACUGCGGAGACUCUGCUACAGACAAGGACUGUUGGGCGUAGAUAAGCUCUUUUCUUAUGCUAUUAACGAAUGGCUCAGUGAUAUUAAAAAGAACCAGUUACCUGGACUGCUUGGUGGGGUUGGGCCCAUACACUCCUUCGUGCAACUUGUCCAGGGCAUUAGGGAUCUGGUGUGGCUGCCUAUUGAGCAAUAUCGGAAGGAUGGACGGAUAGUGCGGGGAUUUCAGCGAGGCACGGCCUCAUUUGGGACCUCUACUGCAAUGGCAGCCUUGGAGCUUACCAAUCGCAUGGUGCGAACCAUUCAGGCAGCUGCAGAAACGGCAUAUGACAUGGUAUCUCCAGUGAUAGAUGAGAGAGAGUGCAAAAAAAUCAAACGAUACUCACAUUUUCGACUGGCUCAUCAGCCUGUGGAUCUCAGGGAAGGUAUGGCCAAGGCAUACAGUGUCGUGAAAGAGGGCAUCACAGAUACGGCUUUAACGAUUUAUGACACAGCCACCCGUGAACAUGAACAGAGGGGAAUGACCGGUGCAGUGGGCGGAGUCUUGCGCCAGCUUCCUCCUGCUGUUGUUAAACCUCUAAUUGUUGCUACAGAAGCCACCUCUAAUGUCCUGGGAGGCAUGAGGAACCAGAUUCAUCCAGACGCUCGUCAGGAGGAAUCUCAGAAAUGGCGUCUGGGAGAAGAGUAAUUGGAGCGAUCUUGUGCUAUUUCUGUCUCAGGCUGAUGGUGGUGCCAAACAUGAUGAUAUGGCUAAUCCAACACUACACAGUUUCACUUGAGAGAAUCAGCUUGGCUGACUGGUCUGUUGGCACCUUGUGUCCACAUUUUGCUGCUUACAGUUUUAUCUAAGGCCAUGAUAAUAUCUUACUGGUCGACCUACUUUACAGAGACCAUGGCAGAAAAUCUCUAGCUUCAGUUCAGCUGUUAAAGACUGAGGCUAACUGAAUUAACAGGAUUUUUUUUUUUAAAUCAGCAGCGCUGGUCCCUUAUAUUUAAUGACUCAAAAGCUGCAGCACUGGAGACAUGCAUUGUUGUCUUUACUGGAGUAGAUUAACCUGAUUAAUCUGAAAACUUGUCAGUUUUGUGUCGGUAAACUUGUGUAAACUGGCUUUACUUGCACCACCAAGGCUAUGUCCAUGUUGCAUUUUCACUUCCCAUUUGGGAUACUUUCAUAUGUAUAGGUACGGAAAUCCUAUACAGAUCCGAUAUGUGAUAAUGCAGCCUUAGUCUGUAAUUAAUGCAGCUUUUACGUCUGUCCAACUCCACAUUCAUCGUGAUCUUGUCUGCAGGUCAUUGCUGUCAGUCAGCUCUUGCAAGAUUUAUAUGAGUUAACUUUGAGUGUUACCAUAGACGUGAACCGGGGGCACUGCCUGGCUUUUGACGGUAUGUAGUGUGAGCUUGGAACUUUUACCUAACGAGUUAGAGGCUGUGAGUUGCAUUAAAAACCCAUUUUUAAUGCAGCUAGAGGUUUACUCCGAGCAAUCCAACAUUAAACAAAGUAGCAUGCAACAUACAGCAAAAAAGUAACUUUAGUAAUUCAACUUUGCAAAGCUCAUAUUGUCCAGAAAGAAAGAAGAGGAAGGAAGUAGUGAGAAUGUUUUAAAAGGUGAGAUUAAUCAUGUGAAAUAGGAUCAACUUGCGUUGGUUUCUUUUUGGUUGUAAAUCAUGUCAGAUCUUUUAACGUUGUGGUUGAGUAAUGUGCUCUUUUCCCAAAUGCAUGCUCAGACAUGAGAACUUGCUUUGAGACUUGCAGGCAUUAAAAUCUGGCAAAGACUUUAUUUUUAUUUAUUUAAAAACUAAUAUUGUUCUGUUUUGUGGCUGUGCAAUGGUAACUAUGAUUGCUCUCACCUUUUAAGCGUUCAGUUUCACUUUGCAAGUGGUGUAAGGCAUAAUCAUCUUUGUUUUGUGCAUACGGGUUAGAUCAAGAGCAUGAUGUGAACAACCAAGUUAAUCAGAACUCAGAAUAAUCUGGGGAGGGUUUCCCAGAAGCCUCUUGACGCUAAGAGCAUCUUAACUAGAAAAGUGAGUGUUCAUUGUGAUGCUCGCUCUACCAUUGAACAAUGAUCUUUGUGCUACGAUGCUUUCGGGAAACCCACCCUGAUCGUUACCCAAAAGACCUUGCCCAUGUAGUGCCUUCAUAGGAUUAUUAGAAAACGUUAAUUUAAUUCCCUUUAAUACUGGCAUUAUUAGGAUAGAUUUUGCCCAGACAUGGUUAGAAUUGUUUGUUUAAUGCCAUUAUUUCCUUAUAACAAGGAAUGUAAAUAAGGGAAAGUUUAAAUGGAAUGGACAGUUUCUGAAUGGCCACUUUUGCACCUGCUUUUUUUUUUUUUAAAUCUAAUUUUCCAUGUGUUAGUAUUACGAAUUUGUCACAAGCAAUUUUCAGUUCAGCUCUGCAAAGAAGCUGGUAUUUUUGGUUAGCUGCUUAACAUGUUUGCUUUUGUGACAUUCCCUCGCAUCUGUAUUAUAAAACAAGUCUUAUGGAAAUAACAUUUAAGUCUAGGGCAGAGCCAUUUUGUGGAGCUUUUGCACAUACAAAAUGUCAUCACUGUAAACAAUGAAAGGAAUAUAACGUAUUCAUCCUUUUGCAUAUCAGAUGUGAAUAUAUGUGUAUAGAUUGUGUAGCUGUGCAUUAAAAAAAAAUGUUCUUGGGAUUUGCAUUUUUGUGGAUGAUAUUUGGGAAACUGGUACCUGAAACACUUGCUCUACAGCCGAAAGAAACUGACUUCCCGUCUCCCUUUGUCCCACCCAGUUUAAAAGGUAGUAACAUAUUUGUACAAAUGUGUAAAUUUAAUUUGUGCAGUUUACAUGAAUGCAUGUGUUAUCUAUAAUAAACUUUAAUGUCCAAUAGUU